AUGGCGGAACAGAAACAAUUAUGGGAAAUUAACGAUGUCGUUCUUAACAACAAUUACUCAAGUCAAAAUACGGCGUAUGGUGUAUAUUACAGCCUGGCAACGGCUAGGGCUGAUCUUCCAGCCGGCUUUUAUGCAUCUGAAAGGGAUGAUGCGACGAGAAGCCGUGAGGAAGCCGAGAGAGUCGCAGAAUUAUCUGGGCGAAGUGCCCAGAAUGAGAGAAACGCUGGUGGCACGAACGAUCCAAAUUAUCAGACGCCAAGUGAAAGAACGGAGACUGCGCCGUAUGUCGAGAAUGUGUUGUCGUCUGGAAGUGAUGCACAACAGAAGAGAAGCAAGGGUAAAAGGGGAAAAGGAGAAAAGAAAUGA